UUACACUUACGGACAUGCGCACAAGAAACUUCCUUUCAAGGUGUCGCGCUCCUCUGUUGCUGACACGAAAUUUGUUUUUCUUGUCAAAAACAAACUAAUUUCCCACGUUUUAGAAGAAAGGAUCAUAUUUAUAACAACCAAUCAUGCCGCAGAAUGAGCAUAUUGAACUCCACCGUAAACGUUAUGGACGUCGGUUUGAUUAUGAAGAAAAAAAACGAAAGAAGGAAGGCCGUAUGCCUCACAUUAUGUCUGACAAGGCACAGAAACUUAGAGGUUUGAAGGCCAAAUUAUAUCACAAGAAACGACAUGCUGAGAAGAUACAAAUGAAAAAGACCAUAAGAAUGCAUGAAAUGAAGAAAACAAAACAGAAGGCUGAUGAUGCUGUCCCAGAAGGAGCCGUACCAGCAUAUUUGUUGGACAGGGAGGGUCAGACAAGGGCUAAAGUUUUGUCGAACAUGAUUAAACAGAAACGGAAGGAGAAAGCUGGUAAAUGGAAUGUGCCUCUCCCCAAAGUGAAGGGUAUGAGUGAGACAGAAGUUUUCAAAGUAGUCAAAACUGGCAAAAGACAAAAGAAAGCUUGGAAACGAAUGGUAACAAAAGUCACAUUUGUUGGUGACGGUUUCACAAGGAAGCCUCCAAAAUUUGAAAGAUUUAUUCGGCCAAUGGGUCUUCGUUUCAAGAAAGCUCAUGUAACCCACCCAGAAUUGAGAGCUACAUUUCAUUUGCCUAUCAUAAGUGUAAAGAAGAAUCCCAGUUCACCCAUGUACACAUCUCUAGGAGUUAUCACUAAAGGAACCAUUAUUGAGGUUAAUGUAAGUGAAUUGGGUUUAGUGACGCAAGGUGGUAAAGUAAUCUGGGGUAAGUUUGUAAUACACUUCAUUACAAUAUAAAUUUAAUAUUUGGUUACUCCCCUCCUCCUACAUUGAGUUAGGAAUCCUCAAGCAUUUUGUCUUAACCCAUGUAAUGAUACCAACCUGCCUGACAUUCCUCCUUAUUCUUUGAUACAAACUUGUUUUAAAGUGAUUUAAAUUAAGGCCUUUCUUUAAAAAUAUUUCAUGUUAAUUUAUGCUCCACACACCAGUUUAAUAAUGAAAAAUUAAUUGGAACAAAUCUAUAGUUAAUCAAAAAGUUAGUGUAGUAGUUUUAUGAUUAAGGAUACACUGAUUGGGUUGAAUUGAACCCAGCAUUGUAGACUUAGAAAACUAUUUCAACUACCUAUAAACUAGUAUAAUGUGGCAACCUGGCAAAAUCAUUAGCACAUUGGACAAAAGGCUAAGUGGAAUUUCUUCUGGCCUUUUAUGUUCUGAGCUCAAAUCCUGCCAUGAUCAACUUUGCCUUUCAUUUCCUUGGAGUUGAUAAGAAAAAAGUACCAGUCAAGUACUGGGGUUAGUGUAAUUGACUUGUUAUCUC